GUCGUCCAAUACAAGCAGACAGAUACAAUCAAUCACUCUCAUCUCAAUUCAAUAUACGACUCAAAUCGUUUCCUCAAGACCUCGCCAUCAUGCAGAUCACCAACCUCUUCCUCACCGCCCUGACUGCUGCCAAUGCCGUCUCCGGCUCCCCCGUUAUGAAGCGUGAGGUCAAGUCAAUGAUGGCCGCGGGUGUCGCGGAAUGGACUAUUGAAGCCUUUACCCGUACCUGCAAUGCCGAGGAUACCUCUUGCGACUACAGCUUCAACAUCAACACCCACAUCGCAGAUCCCACGGCCUGCAAAUUCACAACUACCGGCGCACCUGCAAGCCGUGCUGCCUCAAACGCCAAAUGUGGAGCUUUCACUGUUACGUCCGGCUGGAGCGGACAGUUCGGUCCGGAUGCGGGAUUCACAACCUUCUCUGUCACGGACCAGAAGCUUAUUGUUUGGCCCGCCUACACCGACAAGCAGCUGGUCAACGGCCAGGCGGUAAACCCCGACCAAAGCUACGCUCCCCAAAACUUGCCUUGAGCGGGCCACCAUGAUAUUCAACGGAAUUUAUAGCGGAAGUACUAUGCCCUAGAGCAUCAGAGUACAGGAUAUGUCAAUGUUAUAGUACUUCAAUGUUUUAACCCGUCGUAUUUGAUGUCUCGAAGCUCUAAUUCGUGAGUGCAUACGUAACUUUCACCUCAAGCUUUUGUAGGCCUCAUUGUGCAUCAGCGACUGCCAUCGACGAAUAAAAUUGAAUCGCCCACCACACAAACCUAGUUAAAGCAAGUUGCAAAUUAAUGACAUAGAGUUUAGGUGUAACCCAUGUUGAAGU